AGUAACUGAGGGCUUUGCAGUGAGACACACGUUGAAUGCUGCUUAUUGCACAUUCACUCACUCACACACACACACACACACACACACACACACACACACACACACACACACACACACACACACACAUAUAAAUACACUUACUUCAGACAGCAUCUCAGCAGUGAAGGAACAGGGACUGCACAAACAUCGCUCUGCAUGUUGCCUUUUCCCUACUAUACGAGAGAGAGGAAGUGCUUGGAAGGAGGGCACACCUGCUGACGUGGACCAUGAGCAAUGAGUCUGCCAUCUGGAAAAACCUAACAGAGAACCCCACAGAGCUCCCUUUGGAGCAUGGGGUGCAGGAUGGCUACGUCCUCCAGCUUGUUCUUUUGUCCAUCUUCCUCUCAGUGACGCUCAUCCUCCUGUUUGCCCUGUUCAUUGCCUGUCGCCACUGUUGCAAGGGGGACCGGAACUAUGCACGGUUCAUUCCCUGCUUCAGGCGUAGUGAGGAUCCGGAGAAGACGACCACCUCCUAUAUUGAGGAAACGCAGCCGGUGCAUGAAAUCACGAUCCGUGUGGAUGAGUCAGAGUGUUUGUCAGCAGUCAGCUCUCAUGACAUGGAGACUGAGCGCUUCCUGUCCACAGGAAGCACAGGUCGGCGUGUGUCCUUCAAUGAGGCGGCCCUCUUCGACCACAGCAAGAAGGCACAGGAGAAAGGCCGAAGGUACACACUCACUGAGGGUGACUUCCAUCACCUAAAGAACGCCAGGCUCACACACCUCCAUCUCCCACCGGCAGCCCUCAAGAUCGUCACCAUCCACGAGUGUGAGUCAUCGGAGAACAACAUUGCCAUGACAACACGGCCUGUCACUAAAUCCAGCCUCUCCAUCUUCCAGCCUCCAAUGCGCCCACUGCCACAGACAGCUCUUAGUAGCCUAAGUUCCAGUUCAGCUCUGCCAGGUGAUUCCCUCAACUCCACUGUGGAUGCCAGCUUCUGUGAAAGUCCACCAUCUCCCAGUCCAGAGCCUCUAAGAUCCAAACUGAUGGAAGGUAGAGGUACAAGCUUGAGGAAUGGUGGCAGCCCGGGCAGUGGGCGAGAAGCAGCACAUGCUUCAGCCUCGGGUGUCUCCUCCUCAAGCGGUGCCCCUCAGGGUCCAGUAUUACAUUUCUUCACCAAGUUGCGGCGGCAUGCCAGUCUGGAAGGAGCCAGUCCUUACCUUAAGAUCAAGAGAUGGAAGCUUGACAGCAGCCAGAGAGCCUCCAGCCUGGACACCAGAGGCUCCCCCAAACGGAGGCCGUUCCAGAGGCAGCGAGCAGCCAGUGAAAGCAUGGACCAGGAGGAGAAUGGUGCCCACCACAUCGACCUUAUCCAGUACAUCGCCCGCACCAAGGAUGUGGCCUAUUGCCCGCCACAUCUCCUUUCCCCCCCAUCCACACCCCCACCGUCCCUCGGCAGGUUAGAGGUGGAGGUGAUGGUGGAGCCAAACUGCAGCAGAGCAAUGGUGCCUGGGGUGAUUGGUCUGAGUGCUGAGCCCCAAGAUGAGGCUCCUGGCAUGGGCUGUCAUCGGGAGAGCACAGAACACCAGAGCCUUUAUCGUGACAUCUGGACCUUGCGUGCCUCUUUGGAGCAGUACAUCUCUUCUGACCAGAGCAGCAACAAUGACAAAGACUCAGUGCAUAGUGAUGCAGACAGCGUGUCUUCAGUUAGGCUUAGGACAGAGAAGGGUGGGUUGCCCAGUUACCCCUCCCAGGACAUUGGGGAUGGGAUAGACGGGGAUACAGAGAUUCCUGGGGGUGAGGGUCUGGAUAAAAGAAGAAAACAAGACAGUGUGGACUCUGAAAAAGGGAGCGAUGAAUCAGGUACCCGUAAGCUUCUACAAAUGGAUAGCGGCUAUGCAUCUAUAGAUGCCCCCUCUCGUGGUCCUGAAGAGGUACGACUGUUCCGGAGCAGCAGUGGUAGCAAGGAGGAAUCGGGAUCAGCCAUGGAACGCAGACACUUUUUCACCAGCUCUGGAUACAGUGGAAUAGUGUGUGAAAGCUUUGACACAGACAUCUUGGAUGAAGAACUUGAAGAAGAACUUGGGGGAGCUAGUGGAGGUAGUGAUUCAGUGAUGGAACUGGACGAGGGUGGUUUGGUGUGGUCACCCUAUGGGCAGAUGUUCACACAGUCUGACGCUCAAUCUCGUGUCCCAGCCUUGUCUUGCCGGGACUACAGCAUAGACGAAAAAACAGACGCACUCUUCCAUGAGUUUCUGCGCCAUGAUCCACAGUUUGACCAGCAGGAGUCACCAGUGCGCUCAAAGCACCGUUCUCGUGUGCAUUUACGCAAGCAGUGGCAGCGCUCCAAGCAGUAUAGUGAUCCUGGCCAGCGCUUCCAUUCCUCCUUUGACCGUUAUCACACCCCACUUCGCCGUGGAGAGACCGUUAACUACCCUCUGGAAAGUAGCUACCACAGCACACUUCCUCGAAUAGUCAGCGGUCCAGAUGAGGAAAACAGUGAUGGGACUGCCAACCUUGCAGCGAUGCCUAAGGCCAAUCAGCACUUGGGAGCUACUGAUAAGAGUAUUGCAUCUCCAAAAGAUGACCACACAAAGCACUCUUCCAGUUCUGACACCAGUGGAGAGUUGAAGGAAAAGACAGAACUCCCUACGGUGACUGAGAGUACUCUGGGUCAAACAGAAGUCCUUGGAGAAGAGUCCAAGCUCACAGUCCAGCCUCUUGAGCCAACAGACAGGCAUUCACCCCCACAGGGUGAAACUGGGUACGGUCCUCAGACAAUCACGGCAGAGCUGAGUGAUAAACUAUCUGUGACCCUUGAAGAGCGUCUGUAUUCUGACUUACGCAGGACCAGGGAGCAACCUGAGAGUUUGCUGACAGCCACGCAUGCCUCACCCGACCACAGCCCAGUGUAGCACAUGGCUCCACUCAUCCCAACCAACUCUAUGCUGAUAUCUCAACAGGGCUUCAGAUAUCAAAAUUUCAGUAGAAAUUACCCUUAGACACUGAUCUGGGACCAGGUUUGGCUGUCAUUUUAGAGUUAGGAUCACAGCAGCAGAACACAGAGAGUGGAACCUUGGUCAGCCUUUAAGGGGAACGUCAUUCUCCAUCAUCUCCAGUGUUGAGAAAGUGGAGAUCAAGACCCUUACCUCACAUCUGACAUGGCAUUAACUCAUUUUUGAAUGGUAUCUGUUUGGUUUAUUGCUUUAGUCAGGCUCCAUUUAGUUAUGUGUUGAGUUUAAAAGCCAAUAUUUUCUCUGCACUAGGUAAUCCACUGUGAAAUUGGGUGCUACUAGACUUGUGAUUAAUGUCCAUUAAUCUCAUAAAUUAGACGACAGAACGCACUAAUCCAUGAUAUAACCUUUGUCUCUGAUAUAACCAUCUUUUGAUUUAUGUGUGUUAUAGAUUCAGUUCCUCUUUUCCAACACUUUCUAGCCCAUUCUGUCUGCUUGGCUUUAAUCAUGUCUGAAUAAUGAUGAAAUGAGCUAUGUAUGUUGCACUACAAUAAUCUGUGCAUGCACUUUUCAUGAUUUCAACCACAUUAAGUGUCAUUAAGUGUCUUUGUCACAGUGUGAUGUGGUUCAUACUAGAACUACUGGUAUGGGAGGAAAAACUGCCUUUUGUGCAAUACAUGUAAUGUUACAAGCUUUUGUUCUUAACCAUACUAUUUAUUAUUGCUUUAAUAUUUAAUGCUAAUGUAUGUGUUUUUUUAAGUGUCUCAAGAAAGAGAAUAGAUUUUGUGUAUGAUGUUCUAAACGGUAGGUGCCAAAUCAUUAGGUCAGAUAAGCUGAUUAUCACAUUAUAAUAAUAAUAAAAAAAUAAUUAAAUUUUUUUUUUGUGAUAAACCGAGGGUUUAAAUGAGGCCUAUGCUCCAGUGUGUCUCCAGAGUCAGAUGUGUUUUAUUAGAUUUAAUGAGGAAGGCAUGCUGCUUCCUGAAUGCUCGUCAUAGACCAGCCACUAUGUAUUCAUUAACAUUUCAUUUUCACGCGAAGACAACGGGAGAAAAGUGUCCCCAAGGCUAACCGCUCAUCCGGCCUUGAUAGAGAAAUUACAGUGUGUCAUUUGUGGUAAAUCCUAUAUCAACAAAUAACGGCAUGCAAGUGGAUCUUGCUACAAACGCCACAGCUCUAGUCAAUAUCAAUUAUCCAAUCAAGGGGAUUAAAGGCAGAAAUUCCAAUUAAAGUAUUCAUGGGAAGAGUAGAUGCAAUUAGCAGCUGUUGUUGGUAAAAAGCCAUUUGUGGAUUGUGUGGCAGACCAGACUUUCUCAGACUACAGAUGCUAAAUGAUGUAUUUGAACCUUUUAAGAGCAGGAUUCAGCUUGGCUUUUUCCUCCCUCCUUUUCAUAUUGUCACUUGAGAUAAAAAAGACCAUUAGCCUUUAUUUUAGUUGAGGGAGGUUGUUUAAAAUGAGCUACAAAUAUAUACAUAAUAUAAAGACAGAUAUGUUGGUUUAGAAUGGCAUUGCAUGCUUAAUCAUGCUCAGGAUUGCUAAUAGGACAGAAAAAGCUUCAAUAAACUGUGCAUAAAACAUCAUCUACCACUGAUAUGCUGAUAUGCUUUGCCAUCAUCUGUAUCUCUUUAGUGUAUAACUAAAUUCACUACAUACUUGCUGCUUGCUCUGUUCCAGACGACGUCAGCGUAAUUUCAAUCAUACAUAACAAGUACAUUUGUACAGAGGGCAAUUUUGAGAUGUAUACAAGCACAAUCGCUUCCUUUUGCAGGUUAUACAUUAGUCUUUACUUAGGUAUAGACUUAAAUGCCGGACGCUUGGGUGAUGUUUUGUGUGCUAUCAAGUAGCUUGUCUAAUGCGUCGAUGCAUUAGUGUGCAUAGUUUUGCAUGAGAUGAAUCAGUUUUAGUAAAGAUAACUGUUUUAUUCAGAUUUGAACUUCAGCACCAAAUUAGAUAAUGCCUAAUGGAUGCUUGUUUGAAGCAUAAAAUAAACAGAAAUCAGAACGAUAUUUGUUCUGAGAUAGUUUUUAAAUAUUUUAUGGAGUCUAUUUAUUUUAGGAGUAUGCCUUGAUGAGAUUUUGCUAAGAAUAUGUCCAUCGCAGAAAAAUAUUUUUACUUUGCUAAUAUAUUUCCACUGGAGAACUUUUUUGCUUGCUGUAUUUCCAUGGAAAAACAUAUUUCUGUAUAAUUGCUUGAUAUUUAAACAGUAUAAUGAGGAAAAAAUGUGAGGAAGAAUGAAUACAAUUUUUCAGAACAAUUUUUGUUUACCUCAAUCACUUAAGCCUUGAGGGACCAAUUGAUGGAAAUGUUUGUUUUGGGUUUAUGUUUUCCAACUAGUCAAUAAAGAAAAAUGCAU